AUGCACUUCCCCGCGUCCCCCUGGCUGCGCGCCCUCGCGGGGCUCUCCGCCGCGCUCGCGCUCGCCUGCCUCUACGCCGCCGUCUCCGCCCCCUCCGCCUCCCUCCUCUCCGCCUUUGUUUCCGCGGGCGGGUAUGGCGGGGGGAGUGGGGGUGAGGAUGCGGGGAACGAAAGGGAAGCGGAGCUAGGCGCGCGACCGUUUGAUGACGCGGAGUGGGGGGAGGGGGAAACGGGGCAGGAGGGAUUAGGCGGGCAGGACCUGUUUGCGCUGGCAGCAGAGGCGGGGCGAGAGGGGGAGGCGGGGCGCGGAAGGGAGGCAGGGCUGGGCAAGGGCGAAGAGGAUGCUACACUGUACCCUUCAUUGGAUGGCAGGUGGGCCGUGGGUGGGACGGCGUGUCAACGCGUGCACAUCCGCGACGGCGUCCGCACACCUGUGUGGAGCUGCCUCCCUUGCUGCUGCUUGCACUAUGCUCCCCCCCCUAACCCCCCACAUUCUCGCCCCAUUCCACCCUCUCAUGCUGGGGAGUCAGCACUGAGUCACCCAAGAGUCAACGGUCGGUGGAGUGGAGUCAAUGUUGCGUUCGUUCUUCUCCGCCAUGUCCCCUCGCGCUCACCUCUACCCCUGCCCCCGCAUCCCCACUGUCCCACCCCAUCGUCCCUGCCACUGCAAGCGCCCACCACGAGGGCGCCGUAUCUCAUUCCAUUCCUACCUUCCCCCCACCCCUUCCCCACGCUUCCCCCUUUCCCCCCAAUCGCUUCCCGUGUCCCACGUUCUCCCAGUUCCCCUGUGCUGGCACUGCUAGCGGCGCACAGGCGGCGCAUGCAGCAGCGAGUGGAGGAGGCGCGGGUGCACGCAGAGCGGGACGAGCAGCGCCUGCACGCCGCUGUCAGGGCCGCCGUGCGGCAGCUGCACGUGGACCGCACCUCGCUGGCGGACACCUUCCCCCUGCUGGACGAGGCGGCUGCUUCCACCAUUGCCGCGCUGCCAGCUGGCGACGACAGCCUGGCGCAGAUCCACGCCAUGCUGGCAGCUGCGCCACGUGUCAGUGUGGGAGAGGUGGACGUGGAGGGUGGGGUGGAGGGAGAGGGCACGGUGGGAGCGGCAGCAAGCACGGGUGUAGAGGGGCGAGUAGAGGGGGCGGUGGGGGGAGCAGCAGUGGGGGGGCCAGUGAGGGGGACAGUGGGGGAAGCAGCAUGGGAGGAGGCAGUGGAGGAGGCUGUAGGGGAGUGCAUGGACCUGUAUUUCGUGGCGGAGGGGCUGCAGACUCGAUUCCACAUCGGUGCGUGGCCAGGAGGGCGGCCGUUCAGUGACACAGAGGCAGCAGCAGGCGGACAGGGAGGUGGAGGCGAGACAGCCACGCAGAAGCAGCAGCAGGCGGACAGGGAGGCGGAGCUGCGGCAGUUCAUGCUGGGGCAGCUGAGAGCGCUGGACGACCGCCGCGACUGGUGGGUGGCGCUCAACCUCACGGGCGACGAGGCCAGUGAGAAGCUCAACACCAUGCCGGACGGGGCAGAGAAGGCGAAGCUAUCGGAGUUCCUCUUCUGGUAUCUGCCCUUCCACGCCUGGUUCGACUCCGAGGGGCCCGACCACCCCAAGGCCGUCGCUCACGUGGAGGAGCAGCGCGCUGUGCUGGCAGCCGCCACGUCAGCCGCCAAGUCAGCAGAAUCAACCCUGAAAGCCACACAAGAGCAGCUAUGGGAGGAGUGCGGGCUGCGGCUGCCCCACAGCAACUGGACGGAGGAGCAGAGCGCGCUGCUGGAGCGAUACGCUGCCGUGGCCAAUGUGUCUGGCUGCACCGAACAGUGCACCGACUGGGAGGCUAUUUACCCCGAGUACGAAACCCAACCGGGGCUAGUCGCCCCGAAGCACGUGUGGCAGAAGCUACCGGAGCACUAUCCUGACACGCGCCCCAACGUGUCCUUCAUCGUGACGUACGGCGGGCGAGCAGAGCGUGUGCAGGCGCUGGUAUCCCGUCUGUACACAUGCACGCACGGCAUGGCUGGGACUGGUUCUCUGCCGGGCAUCCGCGCAGAGAUGGUGGUGAGUGUGAUGAACCCGGAUGUGAGUCUGGAGGCGUGGAUGCAGGCGAGGAACGACACGGCGGAGGGCAUCUUCGUGGUGCCCGUGCUGCCGAGGCUGGGCGCGGCGCCGCUCAUGUUCAACGACCUGGCGAGGAUGGCACGGGGGGAGCUGUUGAUGCUGCUGGAUGGCGACACGCUGCCGCCCGCGUCGUGCGUGUGGCUGGACAGAGUGCUGGCCGCGUUCGCCGCGUGGCCGCGCCUGGCAGUGGCGGGCUUCCGCACCGACGCCCUGGGGGAGGCUGGCCGCGCACAGGAGCGCGUGGAGGGAGAGGAGGCGCCUCAGGGGGCACGUGCUGCUGCCAGCGUGCGGUUCUGGACGGGGCUUGCAGAAGAGAUGGAGGGGAGAGGGGGAGAGGAGGGAGGAGAGGUGGGGUGGAGGGACCCGGAGACGGGCGUGGCGAUGCACUUCACGGGGCUGGUAACCGCGUUCCCUCUGGUGUUGCGGCGUUCUGUGCUGGAGGACAUGGGGUGGCUGGAUGAGGCGGAUCUGAGGCAGGGGGCGGCGGCCGUCAUGAGCGACUGGCACCUCUGCUGCCGUGCAUGGCUCUCAGGCUACCAGGUGGCGCGUCUACAGCUGCCCACGGAGGAAGGCGACCAUGGGGACUGGCCCACCGUGACACGAGCACAGCACCGCCACGUGCUGCCGGGGCGGGGUGUGUCUGGAGGGGGUGAGCAGGGCAGCGCAGUGGAGUAUGGGGAGUACGAUGCUGCGAUGGCGGGGUACCAUGAUGACAUCGUCAAGGAGGUCGCUCGCUUGAACCACCUGCUCGUUCGCAAUGAUUAG